AUGGAAAUAGUUGUCCGAACUGUUAAUUUCAUCCAAACUAGAAGUUUGAAUUACCGUCAGAUUGACAAUCUUCUCAGCGAUAUAGGCGUUACCUAUGGCUUGCCGUAUCACACCGAGGUAAGGUGGUUAAGCCGAGGUGCUAUGUUGAAGUGUUUCGUUAAUCUACAAAAAGAAAUAGAACGGUUCAUGGAGGAAAAGGGUAAACUGGUGUUAGAAUUUCAAUCACCAGAAUGGCUGCAAGAUUUAGCAUUUAUCGUGAAUAUUACAGAGCAGUUGAAUAAUCUGAACAAAAUGCUGCAAGGCCGUAAAAAUGUUGUCACACAGAAUUUUGAAAGCAUAAGCGCAUUCAAGUUGAGGCUAACUUUGUGGGAGACACAACUGUCAGGUGGUGACCCUGCUUAUUUUCGUUGUCUAAAAGAUGUGGUUGCGACCGCAGAUAAUGUUGACAUGAAUCGAUACAAAGACAAUAUCAUGGGAUUGCUGCGGGAGUUUCAGCAACGGUUUCAGAUUUUUGAUGAACUUGAGACAAAUUUCACAGUUUUUCGCUCGUCAUUUAUAAUCAACGCCUCUUUUCUGCCCCCUUCAAACCCCUGA